GCUGCGGCCACAGAUAAGGGACCGAGAUGACCGACUCCAAGUAUUUCACCACGACCAAGAAAGGGGAGAUCUUUGAACUGAAGGCAGAGCUCAACAGUGACAAGAAGGAGAAGAAGAAGGAGGCCGUGAAGAAAGUGAUCGCGUCCAUGACCGUGGGGAAAGAUGUCAGUGCCCUCUUCCCCGACGUGGUGAACUGCAUGCAGACAGACAACCUGGAGCUGAAGAAGCUGGUGUAUCUGUACCUGAUGAACUACGCCAAGAGCCAGCCUGACAUGGCCAUCAUGGCCGUCAACACCUUCGUCAAGGACUGUGAGGACCCCAACCCCUUGAUCCGGGCCCUCGCUGUGCGGACCAUGGGCUGCAUCCGAGUGGACAAGAUCACAGAGUACCUGUGCGAGCCACUCAGGAAGUGCCUGAAGGACGAGGACCCUUACGUGCGCAAGACGGCGGCCGUGUGUGUGGCCAAGCUCCAUGACAUCAAUGCCCAGCUGGUGGAGGACCAGGGCUUUCUGGACACCCUCAAAGACCUCAUCUCUGACUCCAACCCCAUGGUUGUGGCGAACGCAGUGGCGGCCCUCUCAGAAAUCGCCGAGUCUCACCCCAGCAGCAACCUGCUCGAUCUGAACCCGCAGUCCAUCAACAAGCUGCUGACCGCCCUGAAUGAGUGCACCGAGUGGGGCCAGAUCUUCAUUCUCGACUGCCUGGCCGACUACGCGCCCAAGGAUGACCGUGAGGCCCAGAGCAUCUGCGAGCGGGUCACCCCCCGGCUCUCCCACGCCAACUCGGCCGUGGUGCUGUCCGCCGUGAAGGUGCUGAUGAAGUUCAUGGAGAUGUUGUCCAAGGACCUGGACUACUACAGCACGCUGCUCAAGAAGCUGGCCCCCCCGCUCGUGACGCUGCUGUCGGCUGAGCCCGAGCUGCAGUACGUGGCCCUGCGGAACAUUAACCUCAUCGUGCAGAAAAGGCCUGAGAUCCUGAAGCACGAGAUGAAGGUGUUCUUUGUCAAGUACAACGACCCCAUCUACGUGAAGCUGGAGAAGCUCGACAUCAUGAUCCGCCUGGCCUCACAGGCCAACAUCGCCCAGGUGCUGGCCGAGCUGAAGGAGUACGCCACAGAGGUGGACGUGGACUUCGUGCGCAAGGCCGUGCGAGCCAUCGGCCGCUGCGCCAUCAAGGUGGAGCAGUCUGCAGAACGCUGCGUGAGCACCCUGCUGGACCUCAUCCAGACCAAGGUCAGCUACGUGGUCCAGGAGGCCGUCGUGGUCAUCAAGGACAUUUUCCGCAAGUACCCAAACAAGUACGAGAGUGUGAUCGCCACGCUGUGCGAGAACCUGGACUCCCUGGACGAGCCUGAGGCCCGAGCUGCCAUGACCUGGAUCGUGGGAGAGUACGCCGAGCGCAUUGACAACGCAGAUGAGCUGCUGGAGGGCUUCCUGGAGGGCUUCCACGACGAGAGCACCCAGGUCCAGCUGCAGCUGCUCACAGCCAUCGUGAAACUCUUUCUGAAGAAGCCGACUGAGACCCAGGGGCUGGUGCAGCAGGUCCUCAGUUUAGCUACUCAGGACUCAGAUAACCCAGACCUGCGAGACCGAGGCUACAUCUACUGGCGCCUGCUCUCCACUGACCCCGUGGCGGCCAAGGAGGUCGUGCUGGCUGAGAAGCCCCUCAUCUCCGAGGAGACGGACCUCAUCGAGCCCACGCUGCUGGACGAGCUCAUCUGCUACAUCGGCACCCUAGCGUCCGUCUACCACAAGCCACCCAGCGCCUUCGUGGAGGGCGGCCGCGGCGUGGUGCUCAAGAGCCUGCCCCCGCGCACAGCCUCGAGCGAGAGCACCGAGAGCCCAGAGACCACUCCUGCUGGGGUGCCCACGGGCGAGCAGCCGGACGCCAUCCCCGCCCAGGGCGACCUGCUGGGUGACCUCCUCAACCUGGACCUCGGCCCCCCGGCGAGCGGCCCGCCCCUGCCCGCCUCCUCCGUGCAGAUGGCAGCCGUGGACCUCCUCGGUGGCGGCCUCGACAGCUUGAUGGGGGAUGAGCCUGAAGGGAUCGGGGGCCCUAACUUCGCAGCACCCCCCGCAGCGGCAGCGCCAGCCAACGUAGGUGCAGCCAUGGGCAGUGGCCUAAGUGACCUCUUUGACCUGACCAGCGGCGUGGGCACGCUGUCAGGAUCAUACGUGGCCCCUAAAGCAGUGUGGCUGCCAGCCAUGAAGGCCAAGGGCCUGGAGAUCUCGGGCACCUUCACACGCCAGGUGGGCUCCAUCUCCAUGGACCUGCAGCUGACCAACAAGGCCCUGCAGGUCAUGACCGACUUCGCCAUCCAGUUCAACCGUAAUAGCUUCGGCCUGGCCCCUGCCGCCCCGCUGCAGAUCCACGCGCCCCUGAGCCCCAACCAGACCGUGGAGAUCUCCCUGCCCCUCAGCACCGUGGGCUCGGUCAUGAAGAUGGAGCCACUCAACAACCUCCAGGUGGCUGUGAAAAACAACAUUGACGUCUUCUACUUCAGCACCUUGUACCCACUGCACAUCCUGUUUGUGGAGGACGGGAAGAUGGACCGGCAGAUGUUCCUGGCCACGUGGAAGGACAUUCCCAGCGAGAACGAGGCGCAGUUCCAGAUCAGAGACUGCCCCCUCAGUGCAGACGCCGCGAGCGGUAGACUGCAGAGCAGCAACAUCUUCACAGUGGCCAGGAGGAACGUGGAGGGCCAGGACAUGCUCUACCAGUCCCUGAAGCUCACCAACGGCAUCUGGGUGCUGGCCGAGCUGCGCGUCCAGCCGGGCAACCCCAGCUUCACGCUGUCGCUGAAGUGCCGAGCGCCAGAGGUGUCCCGGCACGUGUACCAGGCCUACGAGACCAUCCUCAAGAACUGAGGCCCCUCUGCCUGCCCCGCGGAGCCCCUGGGCUGCCGCCAACCACUGCUGCUCCUGGGUGGCUCCUGGCCACCCCCCGGGGCUCCCUGUCCCACCCAGGGGACUCCUGUAGUGACGUCUCCGUGCGCCCCUCCCCUGGCUGCUGACAUCUGGGGGCAGGGGAAGGUGGGGCCGGGCCAAGGCAGCCACAGGAGCCUGCCAGGAGACCCAGGCCUGCUCCCUGCACUGCCCGUGUCUGGGGCAAGCAUGGGCUUCUUCCUCGGGCCCCCAGGCUGCAGAGACCCCAGCCCUUCUACCCUCCCGGCCACUGUUGGUGGCCCACCCCACAGGCCCCUCUCCUGUGCGUGAGGCCCGGUACCAGGAGCCCUAUUCUGUCGGGGUCUGGGGAUCAGACCUGCACCCCGCUUCCCUGUCUGCGCCCGCCCAGUAGGGUGCAGCAGUCUGGCCACCGCCUCCCAGGUACUGACCCUCAUGGGCAGGACAGGCAGAAGAGUGCCCCUGCCCACCCUGCUCUCCUGCUCCCCCCCCCAGCCUGCUCCAUGUCCCCUGGGAGCAGGGACAGUUCUGGGCGGGUGAGUGGGCACCCCGGGCUCGGUGGUGUCUGCAGCUCCAGGCUCCCAGGUCCGUCUCUGCUGUCUGAUGAUAGAGGUUUGCCUCUGGCAGUCACGGACACCUUUCCUCCGCCAGAUGUUGGGAAAACAGCUUCUGGGGGGCUGAGGGCAGCGUGCUGAGCCCUGCGGGAGCGAUGCCUAUAUAUAAAAACAGAGUAUAUAUAUUCUAUGUCUGCUCUUAUUUUCAAAAAGAGAGGUGAAUAAAACGAUGAUACCAA